AUGUCUAGUUUUGUGGAUAAGGAAUUUCAGCGGAAAUCUGGAAAACAAGAAACUUCAGAGCCGGCGAACUUCAAAGGACCGGCCUAUUGUUUCGCAUUUGAUGUUGAACCGUACCAUCACGUGACACUGACCGUGCACACAUUGAAAACAAAUAAGGCGGCCGACAGUGAAGAGUUUGUAUUUGGAGACAAUUUGGAAGCAAUACUCGAUAUUUUAGAAGCGGACGAGGACAUCGAACGGGAAUUUUUAGAAGCUGUAGAUGAGGUCAAAAAAGAUGAAGUUACAUGUGAAUUCUGCAAUAAAAAGUGCAAGAGCAUACGUGGACUUAAACGACAUAUUACUAUGAAGCACGAUAAGCCAAUCCCAACAGCUUCAGAACCAAUUCCAAGACAACAGGAGGAAGAAUCUAGUACAAACACCUCAAUGACUACAGACGUCCUUGUUGUCAUGGUCGACGACGUGAAGCUCAAGUUGUUAGAUAACUUGAUCUAUAACGAAUCUAAGAGGGAUGAGAUAAAAGCUUACAGUUUUAAUAAGCCUGCUGAAGAAUCAGAAGAAUUUUCAGUUAUAAAAGGAAUCUGCAUGUUUGAAUCGUGGAGGACUGUGGUCUAUAACAACUGA